CAGUAGUAGCCAUAGCCAGCCAGAUAGACAAUAGUAGAAGUACAUUGACAAAUCUAUGGGACCAACCAACAACAAAUGAUAUUUGACAAUUACAGUCAAAGAGUGAAAGAUUGAGGGAAAAAAGAAAGCAGCAAAUCAUCAAAAUGGAAAUGCACCAAUUGCAAGACAACAACGGAAUCGGAGAAAGUGAAUAAUAGUCUGAAAAAUAAUGAAGAGAAAACACACAAUUAUUUUAUAUAAUUCCCCAUUAAUUCAAAGGCAGUCAUAUUUAAUUGUUAUAUAAAUUACAGGAGACUAAUUUUUAUUAGAAUACUGAAGUGCAGGAAAGAAUCAGAAACCUAAUUGAUGCAGUUUGUUGUGAUGGAUUUAUAUGAUAUAUUGUAUGUAGCCACGGUUUCGUUUGAUUUACUAUUUUUAUGAUCAAGUAAUUUGUCGGGCAAAAGUAAAAACUAAGCGUAUGUAAGAAAGAAAUAUUGCCACUGAAAGUAUGGAACAAACCAAUGCCGGCUCAGCAACAAAUUUGCGUUCACCACGUGUUUCCGAACAAAUAUCCCACAAAUUUCAGGAGCAAUCACAACAACAGCAACCAGCGCCGCCGCCACAACCACAAACGACAACGACCACACAUCAGUCGUUUUCCCAACAUCAUCAUCAUCAGUCGCAGCAGCAGCAGCAACAACAAACACAACCACAUCACCAUUCACACUCACCGCAGAUACCAACCCAACAACAGCAACAACAAAACAACGAACAUCAACAGCAGCAGUUUUGUUUAAGAUGGCACAAUCAUCAGACCAGUUUACUAAGUACACUGCCCAUAUUAUUAGAUCAAAGCCAUCUUACGGAUGUCACCAUAUCGGCCGAAGGACGAACUUUACGUGCCCAUCGUGUUGUGUUAAGUGCCUGCAGUUCAUUCUUUUUGGAAAUCUUUCGCACUUUGGAUAAUACCCAUCAUCCAGUGAUCAUAAUACCGGGUGCUUCAUUUCAAGCCAUUGUAGCCUUGCUGACAUUCAUGUAUUCGGGUGAAGUCAAUGUCUAUGAAGAGCAAAUACCCACAUUGUUAAGUUUAGCCGAAACAUUGGGCAUCAAAGGUCUGGCUGAUGUUCACAAUAAUUUACAGAAAUCAUCACAUAAACCAACAGCAUUGGACACCAAAGAAACCGAGGAACCAGAAAAAUCUGUAACUCCACCCACACCACCACCCUCAUCUUCGUCACAAGCUACCUCAGGCAGUUUUACCAUACCCCAGGCACCAGUACAACCAACUGCAUUGGCCACUUCAGCCCUAACAUCUACCUCACCAUUUAGUCCUCUCUUGAAUCCGGUUUUGAAUUCCAAGUUUCCUUCUCCUUUGGAAAACUUCUUUUUGAAAUCUUUGCAAUUCUAUCCCAAUUUUAUGCAUCAGCCCUUAAAUUUUUCCCAGACAGCCUUAAAUAAGACUUCCGAAAUCUUGGCCAAAUAUCAGCAGCAAUGUAAUCUGUAUCAGGCCAUAAACUCCAAAGACUUAUCACCGCUACUUCCCAGUGAAGAAGGCAAUAGGCCUAUUUUAAAUGAUGAAUUGCAUGGAUCAAAGCGUUUCUGUGGUGGUUUGGACAAGAAACCGCCAAUUUCGAGUACACAAAUGGGAUGCGGAUCAAAUCCACUAAGCUCUACUCAACAAAAAGACAUAAAACGUAUUGAUAAAAUAGUGGAGAAUUUGAGAAGCACCACAUCAUCUUCAAAUUGUGGCUCAGCAGGCAAACUUCUUAGUGGUAAUCAUGACAAUAACAAUAGCGGAUCUGAUUCUUCACUAUCUAGCCAUUUGCAAAAUCCAUUAACUCCUCUAUCCAUAAAGACUUCAAUGGAGAAUUAUACAAUCAACACCUCACCCUUAUUACCUUCAAAAUCUUCACUAUUCUCUUCGCCCAGUUCGGCCGAACCCAAUUCCCCCUUACAUCAUCCCCAGCUGGGUUUUAGUAUUUCUCCAGAGGAUCAGCUUAAGCUGCAGCAACAUUUAGAUAAAUAUGCGGCAUCUUGUGCAGCAGCAGCUGCUGCCUCGGGAAAUAUGAGCAGCAAUGAUAACGGCAAACCGGAUGCCAGAAGUUCGGCAGCAGAUAAAUUGAGUACACCACAAAGCCCCCAAAAUAAAGCUCCGUCCAGCUCAAAGCUCUAUGCGACUUGUUUCAUAUGCCAUAAACAAUUGUCCAAUCAAUAUAAUCUCAGAGUGCACUUGGAGACACAUCAAAAUGUGAGGUAUGCCUGUAACGUCUGCUCCCAUGUGUCUCGCAGCAAGGAUGCCCUACGAAAACAUGUCUCUUACCGACAUCCAGGUGCUCCAUCACCUUGUGAAACAGAAGCCAGAAGGAAAAGGGCUAAUAAACUGCUAGCUUCUACUAUAAAUGCCGCCGCAGCAGCCGCCUCAGCAUCUUCGCCCAAUGCUGACGACCUAAAGUCCACCACUAUGCCCAAUACCCCUCCAGCUCUGCAGCAAUCCUUUCAAAAUGCCACAGCUGCCUUUAGCUCCGUGGAAAGAAUGUGCAGCGAACAAUUGUCUUCAUCGCCACAACAGCAAUUAACAGCAGCGCAAUUAAACUCGGCUUACCAUCAAAUGUUUUUGCCAAAUCAGUUUCAUUUGGCAGCAGCCAAUGCUGUGGUACAACAACACUUAAGGGAGAAUCAACAAAGUCCCACAACAUCUACCCCGACAACAAUGACGCCCACGACAACACCAACCAAAGAGUUGACAACCAGCAACAGUUCAAUAAGCUUUACACCCACAGGCAUGGGUAAUGUGGCCAACAAUUCGCGGACACCCAGCUCACCUUUGACGGUGGAUGAAACAAAAAGUAACCUUGCAACAAAACAAACAACACCAGUAUCAAGUGCACCUAACCAAACACCGGAAUCAACGACACCAUCAACUACCUUAAAUGCUUUGAGUGAAUUAAAAGUAGAGCGUAGGAAGAGUCCCUUAAUGAGCGCAAGUCCCUAAAAAGGCUAUUGCUGUUUACUUUGUACGCCCAGAGAAACUAUUGGGGAGAUCAUAAUUUUAGAUUUAUAUAAUUUAUGAGUUUUUGUUUCCUUAUUUUUGUUUUGGAAACCAUCCCAUUGUUAGUCCCGACUGUGAUAUAUAUAUUUUUUUUUUUUUUGCUAAAAAAAAGUCAUCUCCCACCAUUGUUUAACCUAGACUAUUGAAUAAUUUGGAAUUCCUUUUCAUAAUGAUGGAGUGAUUCAAAUAUGAAUCAGACCAUAUCCAUUUCUCAUCUUUUUCUUACAUAUUGGAGGCUUAAACCACAUACAUAUUCACAUACAAUGCACAUAACUUCUAUCACAAAUAGUUCAAUACUCAUACUCUUCUAAGUAUACGUAAUUUUAUAUGGUCCUUUUAGUUCGUUGCGUUGUCUUUUCUUCUCUAUCCACUUUCACGAUCAUCUUCUCUACACACUCUCCUAGACUAGUUUCAAAUAGUUUUAAGUAAAAAAUAAAUAUUUUUUAUACACAACACAACCAACACACACUAUGCACACAAAAGACAAAUUUAUACUUACAAUUUUAAAGAAUUAAUGAAAAGUUGUUUAUAAU